AUGAUCGACUCGUCCAACGUGAGCCUGAGCUGCGCGCAGUGCCCGGCGGCGGCGGCGGCGGCGGUGACGGCGGAGGUGUCCGGCUCGCCGCCACCGCCGUCGCCGUCGCCGUCGCUCAGCCCGACGGGUCACGCGCUGGUGGCCGCGUGCUUGGGCUUGAUCGGCACGCUGGGCUUCGUGUGCAACUCGGCGGUGCUGGCCGUGUUCUUGCGCUACCGGGCCCUGCGCACGCCCAUCAACCUGCUGCUGGUGAGCAUCUCGGUCAGCGACCUGCUGGUCAGCGUGCUCGGGACGCCCUUCAGCUUCGCCGCCAGCGUCCGCGGCCGCUGGCUGAUCGGACGCGCCGGCUGCGUGUGGUACGGCUUCGUCAACGCCUGCUUGGGCAUCGUGUCGCUCAUCUCUCUGGCCGUGCUGUCGUACGAGCGCUACUGCACCAUGACGGUGGCCAACGUGGCGGACGGCCGCGACUUCCGUCCCGCGCUGGGCGGCAUCUGCUUCUCCUGGUUCUACUCCGUGGCCUGGACUGUGCCCCCCCUGCUGGGCUGGAGCCGCUACGGGCCCGAGGGUCCCGGCACCACGUGUUCGGUGGACUGGCGCUCGCGGACGGCCAACAACGUCUCGUACGUGCUGUGCCUGUUCGCCUUCUGUCUGGUGCUGCCUUUCGGCGUCAUCGUCUUCUCCUACGGAAAGCUGCUGCUCGCCAUCAGACAGGUGCGCAGCGGCAGCUCGGUGGUGACGCGGCGGCGGGAGCAGCGGGUUCUGGUCAUGGUGCUGACCAUGGUGGUCUGCUACCUGGUCUGCUGGCUGCCCUACGGCGCGGUGGCCCUGAUGGCCACCCUGGGCCCAGGCGACCCCCUCGGCCCGGAGGCCGGCGUCCUGCCGUCGCUGCUGGCCAAGUCGUCCACGGUGGUCAACCCCUUCAUCUACAUCUUUAUGAACAAGCAGUUCUACCGCUGUUUCCGAGCCUUCUUCAGAUGCUCCGACGUGGACCGAGGCUCGACUCUCAAAACCUUCUCCGGGGCGACCAAGACGCUGCGCAGCGUGCGGCCGGAGCUCCACGAGCGCCCCGUGUCCGCCGCCAGCUCGUGCUCUGGCCGGGCCGCGCCGCCGCCGAGCCCGACGAGCCGUCCGAAACCGAAAGUGACUCUGGUGGCUCAUUACAGAAAGCGAGGGCUCUUUUGACUUGUGACGGUCGGAGACUGCGCGACGCCAAAAACUUCGGGAUGUUGGCCUAUCCCGAACUUUUUGUGACAGAACGACUGGACUCGGACCCGUUGGGACUUCGAGGCUAACGGGACUCUCCCACUGGCCGUCGUGGGAAGCGCACGCGUUUCCUUGAAGCUCUUCUCCGAUGAACAUUCAGUUGAGGUGUAAU